AUGGUGGUUAAGCAUACGUUGACAGUUGUCACCAGCCGCCUGUUUUUGAAGGACGCGCUCAGCGGGGUCCUCUGGACAAUAUUUUUCCAUAGACUUAUUGGGAAUAUAAAACCGAGCACCCGAGAGUUCCAAAACGUCACCUACCCAGUCGCUUUGGACUUUCCAGAUCUCGAUGAAAUCUUUACCCAACGAAUAGAAACAAUCCUGGGGUACUUCAACAAGGUCCAGAUGGAGCACAACAAGCACAGCUUCGAGACUAAAAAACAGUUCACAAUCACUUGUACCAUGAAUGUAAACUUCUCUGAGAUCAAGCAGUCGGCCCGAAAGUCCAAUUGGUUCAUCAACUCCUUGAAGGGCCAUCAGGAAGAAGAGUCGGUGUUGUGGGAAUCGUGGGAGUUGAACGUGGCUUGUACGAUAAAUUCCACUGACAGCCAGAAUACAACCACUUCGAAUUUCAGGGAGGUUCUACGCGAAGUGGUAGAGCUUAAUGAUAAGUUCAAGGACCACAUCCCUCCGAUAACUACGAUUGAUGCGUCUCCCUUCCGGUUUGAUAUAGAAGUCCAGAAUCCGCUUGGGAAUAGAUAGCAUGGCACUCAUUGGAGCAAGUUUCAGUACACUCAAGCAGUUACAUAACCAAUGGCACAUACAUAAUAUAUGUAACUAAGAUAGUUGGAGUAUACCCCUUAUACUUUGGUCCGGCGUGAUAAUAGUUAAGGCUCCCGAGAUCCCUGGUAUUCCAUGGGCUGAAGCAAAACUACAGUGGCAAGCAAGCUUAAAUAGAUAUUGAUUUCUAUUUAUUAGUCAUUUAUGAAUGUGAUAUCUU